AUGGAAAAUUUUAAGGACGCGCUAGAAAAGCUUGUUACAUUUGAGGUGUACCAGAGAAAGUCCAGCCAGGCUCGCAGCGACACAAUGAGCGAGGUGCUCAGAAUCCUAAAAUCAUGCGAUGAUUCGCAGAAGAAGAUAAAAGAAGCCAUACAGCACAGCACAGCAGUGUUUAUGGACUCUGUGGCAGCAGACAGCAUCAACGAAAUGAACAUAUCACUUGAAGACAAGAAGGCUCUUCGCUGGGCCUUUAAAAAUGCCUUUCCUGUGGACAUGGAAAGCCAUACGCACAGUCUUUUUGCAUCGCUGGUGAAAAUGUACAAGUCCAGCUACACAAAUGACAGCAUGGGAAACGACAUAGAGGAAAAAGUGGUAAAUGACUUUAUAGACCUUGUGAUCAGUGAGAUCUCGUUCUGGAUGGACAUUCGCCGGUAUGCGCUGGAUCUUGAGAAGGAAACGCCCUUUGGAAAGAGCCUCGACAAGAAAAGCAAAGGCUAUCUGUCUCUGCUCGAGCUUGCGCUGGAUACAAGCAAGGUGUACGCCUACAAGCUGGAGGAGAUAAAAGACAUGGAGCCUUUGCUUGAGAAAAAGUGCCAGAAAAUAUCGUACAACUACAUCGUGGGAUGCGACAUAAAAACUCUGUGCGAGAAAAUAGAAUCGAGCAAACUUCUCCUGAGCCGGAUGAUAGACAGGUCAAUUCAGCAGAUUAAAAGCGACGUUGAGCUGAAGCCUGAGUGGGACCCAUACUUUUCUGAGGACGUGCAGUUUUUAAAGGGCAUUUAUGCAAAAUGGAACGGGUAUGCUGCUGUGUGCUACAACUUUGGGAGCGAUUACUACCUAAAUAUUCUAGACGCCUACAAAGAGAGAAACAGCAAGCUGAUUUGGCAGAUGGUGACAGAGUACAACAGCUACGCCAGAAGCUUGGAGUAUGUCCACAUGCCUCUAUCUGAGUGCACGUCUGAAAGACUCAUUUUUGCCCAGGGAGACCCGCACGCAAGAUAUCUAUUCAGUAAGAUUGAGCUAAACAGCGACUCAGAGGAUGAACACAUUCUGGAGUGCAUUGUAGCAGAGAGCCAGCUGGAGGACAAAGAGAACCUCACAAAAACACAGAUUGCGCUGAACCUUUUGGUCUCCACUGUUCUGGGCAUAUCUGCGAUGUUUUUCAUGUUUGCCUCCUCUAUCAUUGGCAUGGAUGUGUUCACUGAUAGCUGCGUGAACCUCAAUGGAUUCCGGGCGUGGGACUUGACUUCCAUUUUCAUCUUCCUGGGGUGGAGGUCUCUGUGCGUCUUUGUCUUUGCCAUGUGCAUGUACAUUGUCUACAAGCAGAUUAAGAGGUGGCUGCGCAUUAUUGGCGUAUCUCUUUCGAGAACCGCUAUGUCUGUUGUUUUGAUUUUCCUGAGUGUUUCUUCGAUAGUCACGGGAUACUUAGUGUGCUUUUAUUCUCCAGACAUUCUCAGCUGGCCAGAAACAGCGAUUACUCUGUACACAAUGGCUGCAGUGUUCAAGGUGGCCAACCUAAUUGACAUCAUAGUCAGGAAAUCAACAUCCAACACAAAAGAGACCAUCAGAAGCACAUGGCCCUCCUCUGUUGCUGUUAUUCUGAUAUUUUUGAUUGUCUUCUUUAUGAACCAUGUUAAAAGCAUAACAACCCCAACGGUUGUUUUGUGA